AUGGCUUCAUCACCGCCGAAAGCAGAAGUCUGCAACACGACCCGAUUCGAAGAGCUGUAUAAAGGAUCGCUGAAUCCUGCUACGGAGAACCUGGCGCUUGCCUCGCUAUUCCUUCUCCGCCUUUUCCGACAGCACGAAAUACCUUUGGACUAUCUUGAGGGAUGGGCUGUGCAUCUGAGAGGGGGCCAGAGAAUGACACGAAAUGUUGGUAUUGCUGUUGCAACGAGUAUGAGCCGUCUCAAAACGGUUCUUCUCGGAGAGAGAAGGGUCUGUUUUCCGGAGAAUCCUAGACAAACUUGCAUCCACAUCUUUGUCCACACCGGCAUGCCUUGGGACCAGGGGAGCGCAACCCCUUCCACAGUCGGCGUAGAUGUCAUAAUCCAGGGCAACCUAGGAACACCAGCAAACCUCACGGACGGCAUCACCAAGAUCGUUCCAGUUCCGGCAGGAACACAUAGUCAGCAGGCGGCAGUACUCAAAAUUUUGUACCAGUUCAAAGCAAAAUUACAGGCCUAUGCUGACAGACGGAGCAACACGGAUCGCGACUUUGAAGAUCUCCAGUUCCUACUAUUUACCAACAUUGGAACUAUCGCCUUGACAAGUUUCCAAUUCGACUUGGAGCAACGAAGGACAUUUUUUCAAGAUUUGUUAGUCUAUUAUCCCAAUUAUAAAGACACAUUGCUGGUAGCACUGUACUUGACCUGA